CAUCCACACCAACCCCAUCCACAUCAAAAUGAUCUAAACCAAACCCCAUCCACACCAAACUGAUCUAAACCAAACCCUAUCCACGCCAAACCCCAUCCACACCAAACUGAUUUAAACCAAACCCCAUCCACAUGAAACUAAUCUAAACCAAACCCCAUCCACACCAAACUGAUCUAAACCAGGGACAUGCCGUGUUGGAGUUUUUAAAGAGGUGUUGUGUUCAUGUGUUUGGUGGGGACACUGUGUUGUGUUGGCGGAUAAGAGGGAUAUUAUGUGUAUUUAAAGGCAAGUGUUUGUAAGUGUGUUUAGAGGGACAUUGUGUUGUUUGUGUGUUUAGAGGGACUUUGUGUUGUGUUGGUGUGUUUAGAUGAACUUUGUGUUGUGUUGGUAUGUUUAGAGGGACAUUGUGUUUUGUAAGUGUGUUUAGAGCAUUCAUGUCAAACGGGGACCUUCCAGGCCAAAGUGCUGUGGAGAUCAGCAUUUACCCUCAUCUAAUGUUCUGAUUUCAGUUCAUGAAGCCCUACUAAUGUGUGUUUAGAAGGAUCUUGUGUUCUGUUGGUGUGUUUAGAGAAACGCUGUGUUAUGUUGGUGUGUAUAGAAGGACAUUUUGUUGUGAUGGUGUGUUUAGAGGUAGGUCAUGUUGUGUUGUGUAGGAGGGACAUUUUAUUGUUAUGUUUAGAGGGAUGUUGUGUUUGUGUGUUUAGAGAGAUGAUGUAGGUUGAUGUUGUGUUGUAGUAAUGGGUUUAGAGCCGAUAAACACAUCAAUAAAUGUCCCGAUUAUUCUCAUUUCUCUCUUUAAUGCAGAGUUGCAUAAUCAGACUUCGUGGGAAUCCGGAGUCGCCUCCAUGAUGCAAAACAGUCACAGUGGGGUGAACCAGCUCGGCGGUGUGUUUGUAAAUGGCCGGCCACUGCCGGACACGACGAGGCAGAAGAUCGUAGAGCUUGCACACAGCGGAGCCCGACCCUGCGACAUCUCCCGCAUUCUGCAGGUGUCGAACGGCUGUGUCAGUAAGAUCUUGGGCAGGUAUUAUGAAACCGGCUCUAUCCGGCCGCGGGCCAUCGGGGGCAGUAAGCCGAGGGUAGCGACGCCUGAAGUGGUCAGUAAAAUCGCUCAGUAUAAACGUGAGUGUCCAUCCAUCUUCGCCUGGGAGAUCCGUGACAGACUGCUGAGUGAAGGAAUCUGCACCACCGACAACAUCCCCAGCGUUUCCUCUAUAAACCGUGUCCUGCGUAACCUGGCCAGUGAAAAGCAGCAGAUGGGGGCAGAUGGUGUGUACGAUAAGCUGAGGAUGCUGAACGGUCAGCCUGGUGCGUGGGGGGCACGGCCCGGGUGGUACCCAGCAGCGCCUGGGCAACCAAACCAAGAUGGUUGCCAGCAGCAGGAUAACGGUGGUGAAAACACAAACUCCAUCAGCUCCAACGGAGAAGACUCAGAUGAGACGCAGAUGCGGCUGCAGCUGAAAAGAAAAUUACAAAGAAACCGCACGUCCUUCACUCAGGAACAGAUAGAGGCGCUGGAGAAAGAAUUUGAAAGAACUCACUAUCCUGACGUUUUCGCAAGGGAAAGACUUGCAGCCAAAAUCGACCUCCCAGAGGCAAGAAUACAGGUUUGGUUCUCAAACAGACGAGCUAAAUGGAGAAGAGAAGAAAAGCUGAGGAAUCAGCGCCGGCAAGCCAGCAACAACUCCAGCCACAUUCCAAUCAGCAGCAGCUUCAGCACCAGCGUUUAUCAGCAAAUCCCUCAGUCCAGCACACCCGUGUCCUUUACGUCAGGCUCUAUGCUGGCCAGGUCUGACACGGCUCUGACGAACUCCUACAGCGGCCUGCCGCCCAUGCCCUCCUUUACCAUGGCUAAUAACCUCCCUAUGCAACCCAGCCAGACAUCCUCAUACUCCUGCAUGCUGCCCACCAGUCCGUCAGUGAAUGGGCGGAGCUACGACACGUACACACCCCCUCAUAUGCAGGCACACAUGAACAGCCAAUCAAUGGCAACUUCUGGUACGACCUCUACAGGACUUAUCUCCCCCGGAGUGUCUGUCCCGGUCCAGGUCCCCGGAGGAGAACCGGAUAUUUCUCAGUUUUGGUCCAGACUGCAGUAAAGAGAAACUCUACUUCACCCUCUGACCUCCACAACAAUACCCCUCCCCCGCACUUAAACAGCUGCCCCAAACCCCCACCCCUCCCAAAACAGCCCUCCCCAGACUCACCCUCCCUCCCCCAACGGCACUACAAGUGGAAAAAAGGAAAAGCCACAUCGUCGUCUAAAGUGCCGCAAUGAAAAACAUUCUGGAACAAAAUUUUUCAGUUUUUGGGUAUUUGUUUCAUUUCUAUAUAAUUACUUUAUGGAAGAAAAGAAACAGUGUUGGAUAUACAGACACCGCGCUGGCCUUUAUUUCAACAACUGGACACUUUCAGUUCUGGAUUUAUUGAUCAUGGAACAUCACCACCGUCCUGUUUGGUCCACACUGACCCACUUCACUGACCACUACAGACACUAUCACACUUCUCUGGAUGAAGCUGAGGAGAGCUGGUAGAAGGACAGAGCUGCGGUCAGCCUGAACUGAGUGGUUUUAUUUCUUAACCAAAUAAAGACUGCUCCAGAUAAACAGAUUAAAUCUUUUUUUUUAUCACAUGAAGACUUUCGCCAGAAGACAUUUAUUUGGUAACAUUAAAGUUGACUUUAAUGUAAAAGUAAAAUCCUGUUGUUUAAAUGUUUAAGUACUUCGUCUUCCCCGGAAUGAUUCUCAAAAUCUCGUUUCUUUCGCCCUGAAAAAUAAUCUUUGUUUCUAUGUUUUUUGGCUUUUUGAUUUUUAUCAUAAAUUUUCCUUUCUUCAGGUCAGGAACGCGUUGUAGCACCAACAGAUGUUAUAUUAUAGUGUCUGUCACUCAAAUCGGUUUAACUAUUUAAUUCCUUAAUAAAUAAUUAGGAAAAAUUGUUUGCGAGUUUUGCCAGCUGUUUACGAGUACAUAUCAGAACUGAACCACUGCUGAUUGUAAAAACAGACCAAAGCAUUUUCAUCUAUUACACUUUUAUUUCUUUUGUAUGUUUGUGUUGUUUUUGUAAAAAACAAAACAAAAACAGCUGAAAAACUUGUUUUACGCUGUAGUUCGUCAGCUUUGAGUCUCUCACUGCAGUUUAAUCAAGUCUUUUAUUUAUGAUUAAAGAGCGUCUCUGUGUUUAUAAUAACUAUGUUUAUUUCUGAGUUUUAAUGUGUUGGAGAAAUGCUUAAUGAAAACAGAAAUAUUUCAAUUUAAUUUUAUUUAAAGCUUUCUAAAUGUAUUUUGUGGAAAUUAUAUAAAAGAAAACAUUUUG